AUGGCUUCGUCCAGAAAAUAUCUGUUCGUGGCAGCCAUAGACUUCGGGACCACCUACUCCGGUUAUGCCUUCUCCAGCAAGGAUGAAUACGAUAACGAUCCAUUGAAAAUAAAAAGCAACAUUUGGAACUCCGGAACUUUGAUGUCGUACAAGGCUCCAACGGCACUCCUUCUUAAGGCAGACCAGACUUUCUGUUCAUUUGGCUACGAGGCUGAAACUAUGAUGGCGGAAGAAGGCCUUGACCUUAAGGGUUACUACUACUUUCACAGAUUUAAAAUGACACUCUACAAUAAUAAGAAACUACAGCGGAGUACUGUAAUCAAUGAUGUGUCCGGGAAAUCAUUACCCGCUCUUAAUGUGUUCGGGCAGUCGAUCGGGUUCUUAAAAAAUCACUUGAUUGAUGCCAUCAAGAAGCAGUUCAAUGAUAUACUGGAUAGCGACAUCAAAUACGUGCUUACCGUGCCAGCUAUCUGGGAUGACAAUUCCAAACAGUUUAUGAGGGAAGCUGCAGCCAAGGGUGGUAUCAAAAAGGAACAUCUCAUGAUAGCCUUAGAGCCAGAAGCAGCCUCGAUCUAUUGUCAACACGUACCCGUGGAAAGAGCAUCAAAUAGCUUUCUGGAGUGUUCCAAAUCGAGGCUAGCUUACAUGGUCGUAGAUCUAGGAGGUGGUACCCUAGACAUUACCGUCCACCAACGUCAAGAAGACAAGUCGUUAAAAGAACUCCAUGCGGCCACAGGGGGAGCUUUUGGAGGAAACUCAGUAGACGACUCUUUCGAAGUGUUCCUACAGGAAAUCGUAGGACCAGAAAAUAUUCAAAAGCUAAAGGAAAAUCACAUGGAAGAUUAUGUUCAGCUUUUUCGAGAAUUUGAAGUCAAGAAACGAAACAUUACUGAAACAAAACCUGAAAAAGUGUCGAUGACCGUGCCUUUUACGCUCGUGGAGAUCCUCCAGGCAGACAAAUCAAGAAAGAGUUUCGAUAACGCUGUGAAGAAAUCAAGGUUUUCCCCAGCUGUGAGAAGUGCACGACAAAAAUUACAAAUAGUGAACUCGGAAUUUAGAAAAUUUUUUCAGCCAACAAUAGACGGUAUUAUUAAACACAUGGAGGAUAUACUUUGCGACCGAAAGUUCAUGGACAUUAAAUUCAUUUUAAUGGUUGGUGGAUUUUCAGAUUGUGUACUUGUACAGAACGCCGUCCGUCAUAGAUUCAAAGAGAAAGUGAUCAUCGUUCCACCCGAUGCUGUAUUAGCAGUCCUGAAAGGUGCCGUCCUUUAUGGACACGAACCUCGUUCUAUCAGCAGUAGAGUGGCAAGAUUUACCUACGGCAUUCAGAGCUGGCCAGAGUUUGAUCCACGUAAACAUCCAGAGGACAAAAAGAUCUUAGUCAAUGGUGUUGCACGUUGUAAAGAUGGUUUCUUUAAGUAUAUAGAGAUAGGACAGCAAGUCACUCCAGGGCAUACGGAAUCCCAGGUGUUCCAGGCUCUGAAACCAGACGAAGAGUGCUUAGAAUGCUCCGUGUAUGUGUCUUCGAAUCGAAAUCCAAAGUUUGUGGAUGAAAAGGGAUGUCGAGAGCUAGGUGUGCUCAAAGUUCCCCUGAGUUCAAGCAGGCGAGGACCAAUUGAAAUUGAGGAGACGCUCGUAUUUGGAGAGACGGAGCUGCAUGUACGUGCAAGAGAUAUAUAUACAGGAAAAAUGUUUGAGGCCAGCUUCGACUUUUUGGGCGAUAGUAUCUAGGAAAGGUCAGGGAAACGGUGAUCGACCGAUUUAUCCCUCUUUGGUACAACUACAUGUCAUGUCAUUAACAAUGAAAUCAUGCUAAACUGUGCACGUCAGCAACAACCUAAAGAAUGUUUGGGAUUGGUUCGACGCCUUUGUACUUUGACUCCCGUACAAACAGGUGUACAACGCCAGAAAACUUGUUGUUGACGGCAGUCAUCAUGCAUAUAGAAUCCUACAUGAGUUCCAUUUGAUUUAA